GAUGAUGAUCCAACAAGAAACUGAACAUGGCCAACUUUUGGUCUAUUCUAUAAAUUCCAAUAACUUGCUUCCCCCAUAACCCAGCAGAUAACCAAACCCGAAAACAGUAUUAGCUUAACCCAAAAAAAAUCAUACCAUGGAAACUGGAAACGCUGAGAUCGGUGGUCAUCCUUUGCUGAGGGGAGGUAGGAGAAAAACUGGGUACACCCAUGGUUUCUCUUCAGCUCAGAUCCAAUCACUUGCUGCCAUCUGUGAAGCUUUGAUCCCUCCCCUCCCACUCGAUUCACCCGCUGAUCAGGCUUCUUCCCUCCAUGAUUUCUACAAAGCUUCUGGGGCUGAGCCCCCAAUUCCGGACGAGGUGGCGGAGGUGUUGGUGAAGAGGGUGGAGCCGAGGGUGAUCUCUUUUGUGAAAGUGGUGCUGACGGUUGUGUCGUUCAGAUUGGGGACACUGUUGCUUUGUGGGCGGGAUUGCUGUGACCGGAAAUGGCCAUUCAUUCACAAGCUUUCUGAGCUGCCGGUGGAGAGGAGAGAAAAAAUACUAAUGAAAUGGUCAGGGAAUGGCCGUCAUCCCUUGCCUUUAAGAGCUGUUUUCGCUUUGAUCAAAACGUACUGCUUGUUCGUCUUCUUCUCCAUGACUGAUGAAAAAUCAGAAAACCCAGCAUGGAAAGCAAUAGGAUACAACGUCGACAAGCGGCAGAGAAGGGUAUCAUCUCCUGAACCCCAAGGGCGACCACUUCAAAAGAGUGUUAUAGAAACAAUGCACGAAGAUGAUUCCACCUUCGUUCAAUCUCUCACUGAUAAAGGCCUUCAAGUCACUGAAGAUCCAGAUAACGACGUCUACAAGAUCAAAUGUGAUGUCGUGAUAGUCGGUUCCGGUUGCGGUGGAGGCGUUGCUGCUGCAGUUCUUGCAAGCUCAGGCCAGAAAGUGGUGGUUAUUGAGAAAGGGAACUAUUUUGCAUCUACAGACUAUACUUCUCUAGAAGGUCCCUCUAUGUUUGAGCUUUACGAAUUCGGGGGAUUUCUGACUUCCACGAACGGGAAGUUUAUGAUCAUGGCUGGCUCAACAGUCGGAGGAGGCUCUGCUAUUAAUUGGUCCGCAUCGAUCAAAACACCGAAGAAUGUUCUCAAGGAGUGGUCUGCGGAUCAUAAAAUUCCGUUAUUCAGCAGCUCUGAUUAUGAAUUUGCGAUGGACGCUGUGUGCCGAAGGCUCGGCGUCACAGAAAAUUGUACCGAGGAAGGGUUCCAAAAUCAAGUUCUUAGAAAAGGGUGUGAGAAACUUGGGUUGAAAGCGGAGGCAGUUCCGAGAAAUUCACCGGAGGAUCAUUACUGUGGUUCUUGCAAUCUUGGAUGUAGAACAGGAGACAAAAGAGGAACUGAUACUACAUGGUUGGUUGAUGCACAGAGCUGUGGUGCUGUGAUCCUCACAGCGUGCAAAGCAGACAAGUUUAUAGUGGUGAACAACAACAACAACGAUGCAAGGAGAAGAAAGAAAUGCUUGGGUGUGAUCGCCACAUCUUUGAACAAAAACUUGACCAAGAAGCUACACAUUGAGGCUAAAGCAACAAUUUCAUCUUGUGGAUCUCUAUUUACACCUCCUUUGAUGAUCUCUAGUGGGUUAAAAAACCCACAUAUUGGCAGGAAUCUUCAUUUGCAUCCAGUACUAGUAGCUUGGGGAUACUUUCCAGAAGACGAAUCAGGGAUUCAAGGCAAAAGCUACGAGGGUGGAAUCAUAACUUCUUUCCAUAGAAUUGUUUCAGAAGAAUCCAAAUCAAAUGUCCAUGCAAUCAUCCAAGCUCCGGCACUGGGACCAGCCUCAUUCGCAGCCUUAUUUCCGUGGGUGUCGGGACGGGAGCUGAAGGAAAGAAUGGUAAGGUAUCCAAGAUUGGCACAUCUUUUCGCGCUGAUCAGGGACCAGGGUUCGGGACAAGUAAUGGAAGAAGGCAAGAUAAAGUACCGGUUGAGUGAAUUGGAUAAAGAAAAUCUAAAGUUAGGGUUGAGACAGGUUUUAAGGAUUCUGAUCGCAGCCGGGGCAGUGGAAGUGGGAACACAUCGAAGCGAUGGGCAGAGAGUUAAAUGCAAAGGCCUGACGGAGGAAAGUUUGCAGGAGUUUCUGGAUGACGUUACCGUGGUAGGUGGGCUUAGUUCGAAGGAUGAAUAUUGGACCAUGUACGUUACGGCUCAUCAGAUAGGAAGUUGUAGAAUUGGUGCAACCGAGGAAGAAGGUGCAGUCGAUGAGAAUGGUCAGAGUUGGGAAGCUGAAGGUUUGUUCGUUUGCGAUGCUAGUGUCCUGCCAACUGCAAUAGGAGUCAACCCCAUGAUCACAAUACAAUCCACCUCCUACUGCAUUUCCAAGAAGAUUGCAGAAUUGUUGAAGGCAGCAUAAAUAAAAACCUUUGAUCACCACUCAUAAACAUGAAGAUGUAAUUCAAACGCGUGUAAUAAAACUAUAUGUAUGGAUUGAACCUCAAGGAAUCUCAAUAAAACUUUUCUUUUUGCAAUA